CCGCGGGGAUGGUUGUUUCAACGAACACCUUACACGCGUUCGUGGCCACGCUGCUGGACCUGGCGAUGUCGCGGCGAGCCACGGCGGGCAAGCCCAGCCGGCCCAGAGGCGACACGGGAGAGGCCGCGCCAGCGGCACCAGCACCGAAGCACAAGCAGCAGCGCGGCGGCCAGAGGGAGCCCUUUGGCGCCAAAUGGUCAGGCGACGCCACGAUGUCAGAGGAGAUCGCCCUCAUCCAGAAGCUGAGCCUCGACAACGCGCAGAUGAUCCGCCAGCUAUCGGGCCGCCUGCGGGACUUCUUCCUGGCCCCAGGAGGGAACGCGGCCGUGGACGCGGCAGCAAAGGCAGGGGUCACGUAUCCAGAGCGCAGCAAGGAGAAGGGAGUUCCGCAUGACAGCGGAGACAUCGUGAACGAUUUCGGCGACAUCGUGAGUUAUUUGACAGCGAAGAAGGCCUACAGCGAGCAGAGCCACGACGCGAAAUGGAAAGUGUACAUCAUGUUCAACCCAUUGGCGAUUUUUCCGUGGAGCGCACACUGGCAGGAGCAGCUCAACGCGAUCCACGUGGGCAACCAGGAAGCGGAGAUCCAGCUCGGCAAGCACUGCAUCUCGGACCUUCGCAAGAUCAUCGUGACGGACUCGAACGCCAACUCCACACGGCGCUCAGGGCCAGGCAGGGAGUGA